CCCCAAUAUACCUUUGCUUCUCAUAUCCAUAUCCACAAAAUGACCACCGAAACAACCGACGGCCUCCCCGGCACCGCCAAAACGACCAAAAGCCAAGUACUCGAAGCCGGCGCCAGCGCCAUCCAAGACUUCACGCCCGUGAAGCACAUCUGCGCACACCUGAACGCAUUCCACGUCUACGCCUCCGACAAGACGCGCUACGUGGAGGCAAAUCACUACUGUUCCCAUAUCACAGAGGAUCUACGCCAAUGCCUCCUCUACGACAGCACCGCGCCCAACGCACGCCUCCUCGGCAUCGAAUACAUGAUCACACCCAAGCUCUUCGCGACAUUACCCGCGGAAGAGAAGAAACUGUGGCACACGCACGUCUACGAAGUCAGCAGCGGGAUGCUGAUCAUGCCUGCGCCCGCGAGCGUACCGAAUGUCGUGUGGGAUGCAGCCGAGACGGCAGAAAUGAAGGAUAUCGUGCCGUUGUAUGGAAAGACGUAUCAUCUGUGGCAGGUGGAUCGGGGGGAUGCGGUGCCGAUGGGGGCGCCGGAGUUGAUGGCGAGUUUUACGAGUGAGGAGAGAGUGAAGAUUGCUUGUCCGGGGGGAUUGGGGGAGUUGGUGAAGGAGAGGGAUGAGAGGUUUGGGGUGGAUUAUAGGGAGAAGAGGGAGAAGAGGAAGGGGUUGGAGAGGGAGGGGGAGGGGGUGAUGGUUGAGGGUGCGGAUGGGAUGUGGGAGGAUUAG